AUGGAUUUGGCCAACCACGGACUUAUUCUCCUGCAGCAGUUAAACGCUCAGCGCGAGUUCGGGUUCCUGUGUGACUGCACGGUUGCCAUCGGCGAUGUGUACUUCAAGGCACACAAAUCAGUUCUCGCUUCCUUCUCCAAUUACUUUAAGAUGUUGUUUGUCCAUCAGACCAGCGAGUGCGUGCGCCUGAAGCCCACCGACAUCCAGCCCGACAUCUUCAGCUACCUCCUGCACCUCAUGUACACGGGCAAGAUGGCACCGCAGCUGAUCGACCCGGUGCGCCUGGAGCAGGGCAUCAAGUUCCUGCACGCCUACCCGCUCAUCCAGGAGGCCAGCCUGGCCAGCCAGGGCGCCUUCUCGCACCCCGACCAGGUCUUCCCGCUAGCCUCCUCGCUCUACGGCAUCCAGAUCGCCGACCACCAGCUACGCCAGCCCCCCAAGAUGGCCCCGGGCCCCGAGAAGGCUGGGAGGGAGCCGCGGCCCCCAGCGCCCCGGGCGGGCCAGGAGCCGCCGCCCGAGGCCCCCUCGCUCUCCCAGCUGCCCGCCACCCUGCCGCCCGCGCCCCGCACCACCCUGACGCCCUCCGACCCGCGGCAGGCCUCCUUGUCCCCGGAACUCGUCUCCACCCCGGUCCCGCCCCCGGCGCCAGGGGAGGAGGCCAACCUGGAGGCCUCGUCGUCCGAUGAGCAGCCGGCGGCGCUCACCAUCGCGCACGUCAAGCCCAGCAUCAUGAAGCGCAACGGGAGCUUCCCCAAGUACUACGCGUGCCAUCUGUGCGGGCGUCGCUUCACCCUGCGCAGCAGCCUCCGGGAGCACCUGCAGAUCCACACCGGGGUGCCCUUCCCCGCCAGCCAGCCGGGUGACGGGCGCGCGCCCCUGCCGCUGUGCGCCCCCGAGCUGCCCAAGGACGCCAUGGAGGCGCCCGAGGCCGGCCUCAUCAGCGACAGCGAGCUGCCGCACAUCUCGGACUCGCCGCUCAUCGACGGGCAGCAGCAGGCGGAGACGCCGCCGCCCUCGGACAUCGCGGACAUCGACAACCUGGAGCAGGCCGACCAGGAGCGCGAGGUGAAGCGGCGCAAGUACGAGUGCACCAUCUGCGGGCGCAAGUUCAUCCAGAAGAGCCACUGGCGGGAGCACAUGUACAUUCACACGGGCAAGCCCUUCAAGUGCAGCACGUGCGACAAGAGCUUCUGCAGGGCCAACCAGGCUGCGCGCCACGUGUGCCUCAACCAGAGCAUCGACACCUACACCAUGGUGGACAAGCAGACGCUCGAGCUGUGCACGUUCGAGGAGGGCAGCCAGAUGGACAACAUGCUGGUGCAGACCAACAAGCCCUACAAGUGCAACCUGUGUGACAAGACCUUCUCCACGCCCAACGAGGUGGUCAAACACUCGUGCCAGAACCAGAACUCGGACGUCUUUGCCCUGGACGAGGGGCGGGCCAUCCUCCUGGGCAGCGGGGACUCGGAGGUGACAGAACCUGACCACCCGGUGUUAGCCUCCAUCAAAAAGGAACAGGAGACGGUAUUACUAGACUGA